AUGAAUAAUAUGCCAACGGAGUUGUUUUGGAACUCACACGAGAUCGGACAGAUAGAAGGCUUCUGGUAUUUCGUGGCGGCAAUGGAUGGCACCGCCGCAUUCAGGUCAGGAUUCGAGCCGAGAAACGACGACAUUCUCUUGACAUCCUUCACCAAAACCGGAACCACCUGGCUCAAGGCUGUCUGCUACAACAUCCUCGACAAAGAAGUAGGAGAAGACCUUCUGGCAGAGAAGAACCCACACGAAGUGGUUCCCACCCUCGGAAACACUUUCCUCAAAGACCAAAUCCAACGCAUGUUGCUCAGUUGUUCGUCUCCUCGAUUGCUCCACACUCAUUUGCCUUACAGUUACUUGCCAGAGGCGGUGAGGGAGUCCGGAUGCAAGUUCGUGUACGUGGCUCGUAACCCGAAGGACACGGUGGUGUCGAUGUGGCAUUUCUACAACAAGCUGUUCACCCGUGGUGGUUCUGAGUCGUUCCCCCUGGAGCGAGCGGUGGAAAGCUUCUGCAGCGGGGCUGUGCCUUUCGGGCCUUUUUACGAGCACGUGGUGGGAUACUGGGAAGAGAGCCGGAGACGACCCGAGGAGGUGUUGUUUCUCAAGUACGAGGAUCUGUGCAGGGAGCCCAAAGAGCAGGUCAGGAAGCUCGCUUCGUUUAUGGGGAAGUCGUUUUCCUCGACGUCGACGGCGGGUGGUGAUGAUGAUGAGGUGGUGGUGGAGAAAGUGUUGUGGCGUAGCAGUUUGGGUAGGCUCAAGGAGUUGGAGGUUAACAAGAAUGGUGUACUGGAGCUAGUCCGAGUACCAAAUGCCCACUUCUUCAGGAAAGGAACCGUGGGGGACUGGAAGAACUACUUGACUCCUCGGAUGGCUGAGCGCAUUGACCAACUCACACAAUUCAAGUUGCAAGGAACCGGACUUUCUCUUGAUGAUUAA